AUGUCGCACGGGGUUUGGCACAGGUGUGCAGUAGAUCGGACGCCACAGACACGAGCGCGCCAGGUCAUGGGCCCUCAUGGGCCAUGGCGGGCGGUUCGACCAGUAGAUGCCCCGCUUCGAGGUCUAGAGCGCUGCCUAGAUGACUCGACCCCUCUCCAAAAGUGGUCCUCAAGGAUUCAGCAAAAGUCGGCAGUUUUCGUCCGCUUGCCAGAAGCCUCGCGAGUGACCGACGACCAGCAUCAAAAUCAUUCAGUCAAGGGCGAGGAGGAGAGGAGGGGGGAGGAAUGCUGCAUACGUAAUCCACCCGCCAUCUGGCCAUCCCUGCGGACAUCGCGCCGCGCUGCUGCACCACCGUCGUCCCUGACCCGAUCGCAAACACCCCCAGCAGCAACGCCUACAGGCUACAGCAGAGAGGCAGAGAGGGGAGGGAGGCCUACGAAUGGAAUGAUGUGGGCGUGAUGGGCGUUGUGGGAUGUUGUGGAUGCUGUGGACGUCCUCCCCCAAUUCCUGUCCUGUGGAAUCGGUGGAUGUACCUACCAACUACCUGACACUGGAAGUGUCUGUUUGGACGGGAACACCACCCUACCAGUCAGAGGAAAUUAGGCCGGCUUGACCCAAUAGCAAAUGGACACUUAUUAACAGUCGGGAGUUUUAUAUCUCCGUCGUAUUAUUCUGGCUGUGGUGGACAGCAUGUCCAUCCUGAUAUCGAUCAAAGCACAUUCUCCUUCUCCUUCUUCUCCUCCUCCCUCUCGUCGAUGGCUCGCAUUGCAAGACCGCCGGGAAGACGCGCCACAUCAAUAAACCUCAAACCGGUCGGGUCAAGUUACUCGGGGAUUUUGAUAUCUGAGCGCCAGCCAAAGACAAAGAGGCCUCACCUGUUCCUAUUUAGUGUCCAGGACUACCAAGGAUCCAGCCAAACUCUCAGGCUCAGAUCACUGAGAUCAGGGGCCUGAUGCGUUUUUAGUGUCUUGCGAGGAAUUAGUGUUGACACUGGCUUAGAGCUAGUUGACCCUGUACGCAGGGUUGGUUGCUUUCUCUCCUCUUGAACUCUAGUUACCAAUAUUCACACUCACCAAAGCUAGAUAGAAAAGAAAACCUCCAACCAGGUUACAGCUCUUCCAGUUACAUUGUCCUCCUACUACUAUGUAGAAAGGCUCCGUACGGAAUUCAGAAUCUGGAUGUGUGUUUGUUGAUACAAGAACUAGAAUCGUCAAGAAGAACAAAAUAUGAUCCCCAUCAAUCAUUGGAACCGGCCCUAGUACCCACCCCGCGGAACUGUCUAAAGUGGCAAGGGUCAACUUUGAUCUCUUAACUUCACGCUUCGAUUUCUCGCAAUAGCCGCCCAAAAUACAUGUCAGAAAAAGACCAUGAGGAUGCCUACCUCUCUCCCUUACUGAUUGCUUGGCCAAAUAUCUGAAGAACUUAAUUAUUUAUCAAUUUUAUAUUGUGAUUCGUUUUUGACCCUGUGCCUGGUGUGGCAUGUAAACACCACUGUUGCCCGCCUGUCCAGAUAUUGCACAUCAAUCUCUUAUGUCUCAGCGUCCCGUUCCGAGGAGGAUGAAAAAUUAUAGCGGCAAGCGAAACAAUCCAUGGACUCUGGCUGACAGCCAGGAGUGUUUGUUACUUGAGAAAUCUAUCAGUACCCACCUAAAGUCAUCGCUGUUAGGCCCUGACAGGAUAAGCCGCUUCUCCUCUAGUGCUCAGUCCUAAAUGUUCACGCCCCCUUGGCCCUUGAUCGUUUGGACGAGAGAACUUGCUUUGUCGAAGGAAGAAAUAUGUCCUGGGUAGCGGAAGGAUGGCCCUUUGAUAUAUCUUUGAAUCGCUAGUUAGUUAUAUGGACAAGUUUACUACUCUGUCCUCAUGAGAUUUACGGAAUAUUUCAAUAGAGUUCAAAAUUAAUUAUCUACUUGUGACUUUUUCCCUGUCGAUCCGAGCCGAUCCACUCACAUCCCCCCCUCCCCUCCCUUUGAGGCGCGAGUCAACAAAGCGUCUUCAACAUCCUCCAUUCCGCACCAUUGCAGGUUAUAGACGACCAUUUCUCAGACUGGUAGUUACUGUGUAUUCGCCCAAACCAAAAGCACAGAGAUAUGAAACCUGUGCAUGUCCAAAAACGUUCUCCAUCUCACGGCCUGACUUUUUUUCUUGUGGUGGAAGUCCGAAUCUACCCCUCAAUAAUGUGGAUGCGUAAAUCCUUAUCCAUGGCGAUAAAUAAUUACAGGCUAAAUUGAUUCUCAAAGCUCCUCGCAUGUCCUGAUUCGGCGCAGAUCUAGAUUCCUCUUCGUGCACAUUUUUGCCCGUGCACUAAGCUGGGAUGGGACUCAGGGAACUCAUGGGAGGUUUUGCUCGAGUCCAGCAAAGGCAAAAUGAUAAUAAUAAUAAUAAUAAUAAAGCAGAAUAACCCCUCCCUCCACGCCCAAGAGGAAGAAAACCCACACCUUCAGCCUCGCCUCGCUAACCCGCUCCAGCCAGGAUUGUACACAAAUUCCUUUCAGAGGAAGAUGU